AUGACCGUUUGUGGGACGCUGAGGGCCGCUCCAGAUUCUGACAUCGCGCCUGUUAAGGAGGACGAGGUUGAGAGGCAAACGCUGUCAGCACACGUCAGAGUGACCCAUGAUGCACCUCCUGCUCCUUUGCCAUGUGAGGUGUAUCCAGGACAAACUCUCUACGGAUCCUCUCGCUACCUCGUCCUUGACUUCAUCGGUGAAGGACAGUUUGGAAAAGUGGCCAAAUGUAACAUCGAUACAGCUGCCACCGUGGCUGUUAAGAUCCUGAAAAAGGAACAAGCUGCUGAGAGAGAGUUGACCAUGCUAGACACCAUCAGGGUCCUCGAUCCCGUGAAGAGCUGCAUCCUGCAGUUCCACAAGUGCUUUGAGGACCUGGGACGGACCUGUAUGUCCUUUGAGAUGCUGGACAGGUGUCUGGAAAAGCUGCUGGAGGACAAGGGAUGGAUGCCACUGCAUCUCAAAGAGAUCCGGCCAAUCACACAGCAGCUGCUGCUGGCGUUGGAGUCUCUCAGUGGUCUUGGACUCGUCCACUCUGACCUGAAGCUGGACAACAUCAUGCUGGUGGACCAGCAGGCCGAGCCCUUCAGGGUCAAACUGAUUGACUUUGGUGUGGCCUUCAAAGUCUCCAGCAUUCCCCUUGGACUGAUUGUCCAGCCUCUGGGUUUCAGGGCUCCAGAAGUUACCCUCGGUCUCCCUCUUUCUCAGGCCAUCGAUAUGUGGGGUCUAGGCUGCAUCCUGUUUCACCUGUACCUCGCAAAUCAGCUGUAUACCGCUGAUGUGGCGGCAGUUGCUGACCUUCUGGACACGCCAGAGGACCGACUCAUCAGCAGUGGAGUCGUCACCCAAACCGCCACUGCAGAGGCCGAUGACUGCCACACUCCAACAUGGAGACUGAAGUGUCCUGAUGAAUAUGAAGACGACGGGGAUCUGGAACACGAUCUGCGCUGUCUAAACAAGCUGAUUGAUGUCUAUGGAAUAGAAGACAACGCCGAGUAUGAGGACAGGAAGGCUUUUGUCAGCCUACUUAAACAGCUGCUGCAGCUGGACGCCAGACAGAGGACAACUGCAGCCCGAGCUUUGAGACACCCGUUUGUGACAAUGUCACAUCUGAAGAAGAGCAGCAGCUCUUAUGUGACGGAGUCCCGAACACUGAUGAGCGUCUGUCCAGAGAUGGAUCCAGCAGUUGGAGACAGUGAGGACUUUAGUGGAGUGUCUCAAGAACCUGAUUCCUCCAGUGAUGGUGGGACCUUCAGUGGUGGAGCUGCAGCUGGUGGGACCUUCAGUGGUGUGUCCAGAGAAACUGUUUCCUCCACUGGUGGAGCUGCAGCUGAGGAGAGAGCCACUGAGCCCGGUGAACAGGGUCCCAACAGCCUGGAUGAGUGUACGUGCAGCCUCAAUCCACGGUGA